AUGGCUGAUAAAUCCAAUGCACGCUCCGUGGAGCAACACGCGAUAACCGAUACCCUGAAGCUGGUUAAUCGUCUCAACGAAAGCCGAUCUCCUUAUGUCCGUGGCCACAUGAACAACCCAGUUGCUUGGCAACUAUGGGACUCGAAAUCAAUUGAACUGGCAAAGAAACACAACCGGCUGAUUUUUGUCAGCAUCGGAUAUUCAGCUUGUCAUUGGUGUCAUGUCAUGGAGAAAGAAUCGUUCAUGUCGACAGAAGUGGCGACCAUCCUCAACGAAUCAUUCAUACCGAUCAAAGUGGAUAGAGAAGAACGACCAGACAUUGACGACGUGUACAUGAACUAUGUCCAAGCUACGACUGGCUCGGGCGGCUGGCCGCUAAACGUCUUUCUUACUCCGGAUCUCGAGCCCGUAUUUGGAGGAACUUACUGGCCAGGCCCACUGGCACAUUCGCACUCGCAAUGGGGGGCUGAGGGUCCAAUUGGAUUCGUCGAGAUCUUGGAGAAGCUGCGCGACGUCUGGCAGACACAGCAAGCCCGGUGCUUGGAUAGUGCUAAGGAAAUAACAAAGCAACUUCGCGAAUUUGCAGAAGAGGGUACUUAUGCCCAACAAGGAGCCAAGGGAGGCGGUGAGGAUUUGGAAAUUGAGCUUAUCGAAGAAGCUUUCCAGCAUUUUGCGUCCCGAUACGACCCCGUCUAUGGUGGGUUUGGCGGAGCGCCCAAGUUUCCUACACCAGCAAAUCUCAGUUUCCUUAUUCGACUUGGUAUGUAUCCGUCAGCCGUGUCGGAUAUCGUUGGACAGGAUGAAUGUGUGAGAGCCACGGCAAUGGCGACCAACACUUUAUUGAAUAUCGCUCGCGGCGGAAUACGUGAUCAUAUUGGACAUGGAUUGGCCAGAUAUAGUGUUACGACCGACUGGUUGUUGCCUCAUUUUGAAAAGAUGCUUUACGACCAGGCUCAGCUCCUGGACGUAUAUGUUGAUGCUUUUCGUGCGACGCACGAACCGGAAUUGUUGGGUGCCGUCUACGAUCUUGUGAGUUACUUGACAAGSGAGCCAAUACAAGCUCCGACCGGUGGGUAUUUUUCGUCUGAGGAUGCCGACAGCUUACCUACGCCAAACGAUACAGAGAAACGGGAGGGCGCGUUCUAUGUGUGGACGAUGAAGGAACUCAAACAGGUUCUAGGACAGAGAGAUGCCGGAGUUUGCGCACGACACUGGGGUGUUUUGGCAGAUGGUAACAUUGCACCUGAAAAUGACCCGCAUGACGAAUUUAUGGACCAGAAUGUCCUGUCUAUCAAAGUCACACCGAGCAAGCUUGCAAAGGAGUUUGGCUUGAGCGAAGAAGAAGUCAUCAAAAUUAUCAAAACAGGAAAACAGAAGCUUCGAGAAUAUCGAGAAAAGACACGUGUGCGACCGGAUCUUGACGACAAAAUUAUCGUUGCAUGGAAUGGGUUGGCGAUUGGCGCACUUGCAAAGGCUAGUGUUUUGCUGGAAGAAAUCGAUAGAGUCAAAGCACAGCAGUGCAGAGACUCUGCGCAUAAAGCAGUUGAAUUUAUUAGAAAGACGCUAUUUGAGCCGUCCAGCGGACAGCUUUGGCGUAUUUAUCGAGAUGGUAGCCGCGGGAAUACCCCUGGUUUCGCUGAUGACUAUGCCUUCUUAACGUCUGGUCUUGUUGCAAUGUACGAGGCGACGUUUGACGAUAGUUAUUUGCAAUUUGCAGAACAACUACAAAAGCAUCUGAAUCAAUACUUUAUCGCUUCAGGAGAAUCCGGUGCAUCAGCUGGAUACUACACGACAUCGUCAGAACCCAUACCAGGCGAACCAGGCCCGUUACUACGUCUCAAGAGCGGCACAGACUCGGCAACGCCGUCAAUAAAUGGGAUCAUUGCGCGAAAUUUAGUCCGACUGGGAGCGCUUUUAGAAGAUGACAAUUAUAGACAAUUAGCACGACAGACCUGCGGUACGUUUUCGGUAGAGUUGAUGCAGCAUCCGUUCUUGUAUGUGAAUCUACUAGAUGCAAUGGUCGGUCUGGAGCUGGGUGUUCGAAAUAUCACUGGUGUUUUGGCGAAGGAUAUCGUGGCUACAACGAUUCAAAAAGAUGCAGCGGAGACACAAACAAACAAGGACACGACAUAUGUUGUACGUGAGCGAGUCCGCGCAGAGGCAGGCUCAGCAGCGUCUACUUCUGUGACGACGGUGUCAGUGGUAGACGUCCGGGGAUCGAAUGCAUCAACAACAUGGCUCCAGUCGCGAAAUCCGUUAUUCAAAGAUCUCAAGCCAGGUACACCGCCGAAGGACUAUCUACUCGUCUGCGAGACGGGUAGUUGCCGGAUUGUGGAUAUUUGA